UGCGUGCUGGUGAGCCGCAAGAAUUUUAUGUCGAAGCCCAUAUUUCCAUCAAAGUAUCGAUGUCUAAAGAGGACACCAUGGAGCCGCAGAUGAAGCGCUGGAAGGGCUCGGCCUGCCACGCCCACUCCUGGGUCGCCUAUCCUGUGCUGUCGGACGAACAGUCACAGGACGUGGAGCUGGUGGAAGCGUUUGCCGUGCCCAUCGUCGACAAGAAGGUGACGUCCCGACUGGUCCGGGAGUUGAACAGCCUCUAUCCUUUGGACGGCCUUCAGCACAUUAAGCGGGUGCGAGCGCGCAAGGACCGGGAUAGUCCUCACCCUCUGGAGGUCCUGGUGUGUCUCGCCAGCGAAGCUCCAGAGGUGAAGGAGGUCACCAUCAACUCGCUGCUGCCCCCGGAGGCCGUCGGACGUGAGGGGUUAGGUGAACCUUUCACGGUUAAGGUUCCUGCGCGUCCGCCUCUGACCCGACCGCAGUUCGAGCUCGCCAGCCGGCACUGGCCCACGUCGUUCCACGAGGACAAGCAGGUGACGGUGGCGCUGAGAGGAGAACUCUUCAGCCCCCUUCAGAAAGCCGCCAUGCACACGUACAUGAUGUCUGCCGUGACUGCCGCCAGAGCCGGGAGGGAGUCGGGGAUGGAGGCCGUGGGCGCGGUCAUGGUCGACCCCGUGACCGACAGGAUCGUCGCCGUGGGCCACGACUGCAGAGGCGACCACCCUUUACAUCACGCAGUCAUGGUCUGCAUCGACCUGGUGGCUCGGAGCCAGGGCGGCGGCUGCUACUCUUUUGACGGCUACACAGCUUGUCGAUUUACUUCACCGGAGUGGAACACAGCAGACUCGGAGGAGAGCUCCCAGCCGUACAUAUGCACCGGUUACGACCUCUACGUGACCAGAGAGCCUUGUGUCAUGUGUGCCAUGGCGCUGGUACACUCCCGCAUCGGCCGGGUUUUCUACGGGACGGCUUCUGCUGAUGGGGCUUUAGGGACCAGGCUCAAAAUCCACACACAGAGAGAUCUGAACCACCGCUUCGAGGUUUACAGAGGAGUUUCCAGAACGGAGUGUGAGGAACUUUACAGCUCUGAUACAGAAAAGGACCAUUUUUAAAGAAAUGUCACUGUCAGAUCUAACAAAUUUUGUAUGAACUAUUUUGAAAAUAAA